GCCUAUCCCAUUCUCCCUCCCCUCAGCCAAAAUCCAGAAAACUGAAGGCGGAGCAAAAAUGUCGAGCACAAUUCUCCUCCAGUUCCCUCUCCUUCAAUCCCACUUCCGGCCACCGUCCACUCUCUUUUUCCCUGCCGUCAAAUCCCAUCUGUCUGUCGUCUCAAUCACUUUUCCCACCACCCAAUUCCUCCAUAACCCUUCCCAUGCUUCGGCGGGGUUCGUUCUCAUGGCUAAGUCUCCAAAAAACGACACCUCGGAGCAAAAAUGGAGCCACGAAGGCUCGGUCGUUGAGUCUCUUCCCAAUGGGAUGUUCAGAGUUCGAUUGGAUAAUGAAGACCUCAUUCUAGGCUACAUAUCCGGUAAGAUUCGGAAGAAUUUUGUGCGUAUUUUGCCUGGUGAUAGGGUUAGGGUUGAAGUUAGCCGUUAUGAUUCUACCAAAGGCCGAAUUGUUUAUAGACUUCGCAGCAGUACUAAAGAUUCAUCUUCAUGAUUUUUUUUUUUUUUUUGGAAUGUGUUGAUUUUGUUACAUAGUGUACAUUGAUCCCUCUUUAUUAUUAUUAUUUUUUAAUCUUUUCUAGAAUGUAAAAAAUGACAAACAUGUAGUUUACUUAAGCUCCUUUGUUUUAGUGAUUUGUACUUGUAUGAAUCACUUGGAGUUUCAGAGCUCAUGAAUUUAUGUCUUGUCUUGUAACUGUUUUGAACUAAAGAAAGAGGAGAAUUUUUGCUUUUCCAGUUUA